AUGUCCACAAUUAAGUUCAGAGCCGGUAGAGUUAAAUAUGAUGCAGACAAAAAAUUAGCCACACCAGAACCAAUUCAAGGUCAAAUCACUAUAAAACCUUCUGAUGAAGACGAAUCAUUUUAUUCAUUUGAAUGGGCUCCAAAAGAUAACGUUCCAAAUGUUGAAAAGGAAGAAUUGCUAGUGGUGCCCGGUGAUGUUACUUGGAAACAAGUCGAAGAAGCCAAUACUGGUAGAGUUUUCGCUUUACAAUUCUUAUCAUCAAGUGCUAGACAUUUAUUUUGGUUACAAGAAAUCAAUGAUGAUGAAGAUGAACCAAGUGCAUUAAGUAAAAAAGAUCAAGAUAUCUUGAGAAAAAUUGAAAAGAUAUUUCAACCAGAAGAAGAAGAAGAAGAGCAACCUGAAGAAAAAGGUGAUGUUGAACUUCCAGAUGCAUCAUCAACAACUGCUGCUACUACCACUACUGAAACAACUACAAAACAAGAAAACACACAGCCAAUUUAUGAUUUGAAUGACGUCUUAACACCUGAAGCUUUAACAUCUUUGAUAGAUAAUGCAGAUGAAGAUACUUUAAAACAAUUAUACACACAUUUACCUGAAUCAUUUGAACAUAAUAAAGAAAAUCUAAAAACUGUAUUAUUUAGUGGUUUUUUCAAAAGAAGUGCAUCAAAUCUUGGUAAUGCAUUGAAUAAUGGUGGUGGGUUUAUUGUUUCAAAAUCAUUGGAAUAUGAGUAUGAAGGUGAAGGCAUUGUUAGUUUCUUGAAUGCCUUGAGAAAAAAAUCAAAAAAGGAAGAUAAAUAG